CUGAGGGCGGAGGGCGGCGGCAGCGCUGGCCCUGAAGACCGGCUCGGUGGCUCCGGGAAACAGUUCGGCGACGGCGGCCGCUCGCUUGACUCCGCAUCCCGCCCUCGGCACGGCUCGCAGCCCCCUAGCCACCCGCGUCCGGCGAUGUGUCCCACCGGCCGGGCGUAGCCGCUGCGCGUGCGCGGAACCGCGGGGCCAUGAGCGAAGCCGGAGGCGGUCGGGGCUGUGGGUCCCCGGUCCCCCAGCGAGCGCCAUGGAGCCUGGUGGCGACGACGGCCGCGCUCUGCCUGGUGACGGCCACGUCCGUGUGGACGGCGGGGGCCGCACCCAUGAGCCGGGAGGAGAGGCAGAAGCUUGGGAAUCAAGUACUGGAAAUGUUUGAUCAUGCUUAUGGUAACUACAUGGAACAUGCUUACCCAGCUGAUGAACUCAUGCCUUUAACCUGCAGAGGCCGUGUUAGAGGCCAGGAGCCAAGUCGGGGUGAUGUUGACGAUGCCUUGGGAAAAUUUUCCCUGACACUGAUUGAUUCUUUGGACACUCUUGUGGUAUUAAAUAAAACUAAAGAAUUUGAAGAUGCAGUGAGAAAAGUUUUAACAGAUGUUAAUUUAGAUAAUGAUGUAGUUGUAUCAGUCUUUGAAACAAACAUCAGAGUUCUUGGGGGUCUUUUGGGUGGACACUCAUUGGCAAUCAUGCUGAAAGAAAAGGGGGAGUACAUGCAGUGGUACAAUGAUGAACUUCUGCAAAUGGCAAAGCAAUUGGGUUACAAACUUUUACCAGCUUUCAAUACUACCAGUGGCCUUCCUUAUCCAAGAAUUAAUUUAAAGUUUGGUAUCAGAAAACCAGAAGCUCGGACAGGAACGGAGACCGAUACCUGUACAGCGUGUGCAGGUACCUUGAUCCUUGAGUUUGCCGCUUUAAGUCGAUUCACAGGAGCAACAAUAUUUGAGGAAUAUGCAAGAAAAGCUCUUGAUUUUCUCUGGGAAAAAAGACAGCGAAGUAGUAAUUUAGUGGGCGUGACUAUAAAUAUCCAUACAGGAGAUUGGGUGCGAAAAGAUAGUGGAGUUGGAGCAGGCAUUGAUUCCUAUUAUGAAUAUCUAUUGAAAGCCUAUGUCUUGCUUGGAGAUGACAGUUUUCUGGAAAGAUUUAAUACACACUAUGAUGCCAUAAUGCGGUACAUCAGCCAGCCCCCUCUUCUACUCGAUGUGCACAUCCACAAGCCAAUGCUGAACGCUCGGACGUGGAUGGAUGCUUUGCUUGCCUUUUUUCCAGGUCUGCAGGUCUUAAAAGGGGAUAUUAGACCUGCUAUUGAAACUCAUGAAAUGUUAUAUCAAGUGAUUAAAAAACACAAUUUUCUACCAGAGGCAUUUACCACAGAUUUUAGAGUACAUUGGGCUCAACACCCUUUAAGACCAGAAUUUGCAGAAAGUACCUACUUCUUGUAUAAAGCUACAGGAGACCCUUACUACCUUGAAGUAGGGAAAACACUUAUUGAAAAUUUAAAUAAAUAUGCUAGAGUGCCUUGUGGAUUUGCUGCCAUGAAGGAUGUUCGUACUGGAAGUCAUGAAGACAGAAUGGAUUCUUUCUUCUUGGCUGAAAUGUUUAAAUAUCUUUACCUGUUAUUUGCGGAUAAAGAAGAUAUUAUUUUUGACAUAGAAGAUUACAUAUUCACAACAGAAGCUCAUUUGUUACCUCUGUGGCUCUCUACCACAAAUCAAAGCAUCUCUAAGAAGAACACAACUUCAGAAUAUGUAGAACUGGAUGACAGUAAUUUUGAUUGGACUUGUCCAAAUACUCAGAUUCUCUUCCCUAAUGAUCCACUGUAUGCUCAGAGCAUUCGUGAACCCUUGAAAAAUGUGGUGGAUAAGAGCUGUCCUAGAGGCAUCAUCAGAGUAGAGGAGAGUUUCAGGAGUGGAGCUAAACCCCCUCUGAGAGCCAGAGAUUUCAUGGCCACUAACCCUGAGCAUUUAGAAAUCUUGAAGAAGAUGGGGGUGAGUUUGAUUCACCUCAAAGAUGGGAGAGUCCAGUUGGUUCAACAUGCAAUCCAAGCUGCUAGUUCAGUUGACGCUGAAGAUGGGCUGAGGUUCAUGCAGGAGAUGAUUGAAUUGUCAAGUCAGCAACAAAAAGAACAGCAGCUACCUCCACGAGCGGUACAGAUUGUUUCACACCCAUUUUUUGGCAGGGUAGUAUUGACCGCUGGGCCAGCUCAGUUUGGGCUAGAUCUGUCUAAACAUAAAGAGACACGAGGAUUUGUUGCAAGCAGUAAACCAUACAAUGGUUGUUCAGAGCUUACGAACCCCGAGGCAGUAAUGGGAAAAAUUGCUUUGAUACAAAGAGGACAGUGCAUGUUUGCAGAAAAGGCACGCAACAUCCAGAAUGCUGGGGCCAUUGGCGGCAUUGUUAUUGAUGACAAUGAGGGGAGCAGCAGUGAUACUGCCCCUCUGUUCCAGAUGGCAGGUGAUGGGAAGGACACAGAUGACAUCAAGAUCCCCAUGCUGUUCUUGUUCAGUAAAGAAGGAAGUAUCAUAUUGGAUGCUAUCCGGGAAUAUGAGGAGGUGGAAGUGCUCCUUUCUGACAAAGCAAAAGAUCGAGAUCCUGAAAUGGAAAAUGAAGAACAGCCAUUCUCUGAAAAUGAUUCUCAGUACCAGAGUGCCGAGCAGCUCGCCCCAGGUUCUCAGGAGGUGGAUUUGGUGGAUGGAGAGUCUCCUGAAGAGAACUCUCCAAACUCUCACCCAGAACCAUUAUCUCCAGCAGCUACGGACAAUGCUGCAGGAGCUUCUCCUUCUGAACAGAAUUCUGAUCCCACAGAAAACCAGGGGCCCGCAGGCCUUGAUGGUGAAUGUACAGAUUUAGAUAACCAAGUUCAAGAACAAUCAGAAACUGAGGAAGAUUCCAGUCCCAACGUCAGCUGGGGUAAAAAGGCCCAGCCCAUAGACUCCAUAUUAGCAGACUGGAAUGAAGAUAUAGAAGCAUUUGAAAUGAUGGAGAAAGGCGAACUAUGACUCGCUGAAGAAUUUGGUGGUAGGUAUUUAAAAAGAGUAGGCAAACUGGUUAGUGGACACCCUCCUACUAAGCAGGCUCUGCAGCGGGAGGCUGUAGUGUGGUGACGAGCAACGGCGUUCUGACUGGGGAUAGCUGGUUAUCAUAGGAGCCUGGAGCUUGCUGUGUUAGAAUUGACCUCGUUUCAAACUGUCCCGUGAGAAAUGGAAACUCGCAGUCCCCCCAGAUGGCAGCCCUGCACCGCCCUGCAGCGCCUCAGGCCAGGAGACUACUGGACAUGCCUAGGAACCAGGCUCUGGAUAGAUGAGAAACAUCCUGUCAGCAGUGGGGUGGGGAGUAGGAAUUUGUAUUUCUUCCUAAUUGGAGGAAACGUAAGUUCCUAGGUUUGGGGUUAGAGGCUCUUCUGGGAAAUACAAGCGUAUUGUGGGCAUUCUGGUUGUGCUGCCUUCACAAAAACACUCGAAGUGACCUAAGUGGUUAUGAAGCAAGUGUGUCGCAGCGAGAGCGAUCUCGCUCACCACUCUCACUGGCUUGGUUGUGUAACAGGUGAUCAAGGUGACUUGAUUCUCUCUCCUAACAAUGUCCUUUUCAUAGAAACCAAAGGUGAAGCCAGUGUACUUUCUCAGAGUUCUCUGCGUAAAGCCUAAUCACUGGGACCAGGUAAAAAGGUCAUCUGAUAAUGUUGUGGAGAAUGGUUACUUAAUGCUUUUGAAAAACGGAGCAAAGGAGAAACUGUAAUGUUGCAAUAUGAACUUGCCAUUGGGCCUUCCAUAGGGAAAGCUGUGACUACUCUGAAGUGGAACUUGAUGUUAGGUCCUUACAAGGUGAAUCAUCAACUUUUCCAGUUCAUUUCCCUUAGAGGUGGUUACCUCUGGUCAUCAGCCUUACUCCAUCCCACGUUUAGUGUGCAGUUUGAGCCACAAGGCCCAGGUUGCCAAUAGCUUAAUACAUUCUGUCCCAUUUCUCUAUCUUAGGAAGCCAUGGUCAAACUGUGGUAGUGAUCUAAAAAUCCUGGGGUAACUACGGUUUCUAAAGUUGUACCUAAGGAACAUGUCACAUUUUCUGUUAAAUCAUGGUGUUUUUUUUUGUUUUUUUUUUAAACAAAUAUUCCUUCUGAUAUGGACUUGAAAAUUAGUCUAUGGUAACCUGUGUAGAAAACUUACACAGUACCAACUAACAUACAGCCAUAUAGCUUAAAUUUUUUUUUUUUUGGUGGCAGUCUGGUGCUGGCCACAUUUAAGUUUUAAUUUUUUGUUGUUGAUAUCUGUAGACAGCCCUGUAGUUGAAAUCAUGCCUUUAUUCAUUUUAUUUAUUUUUAAUAAAACUUACCUGAAUUUGUUCUAAAGGA